AGUGUAUUCUCCUCUUUGUGCUGCUAAAAACCAACACCCAACCCCGUAGGUUAGCACUACAAACCUCAUUUUUCAUCGUGACCAGCUCCGACAUCACAUUUCUUUGUCGUGUUUCUUGAUUUGUGUGUCGACCCCAAGGCACAGCAAUUGUCAUACACGUAUCGUUUACGCUUUUGUCCUUCCACUUACAAUUCACCGGUUUCUUCGUUUUUCGAUGUCGAAUGAGAAUUGUACUUUUAUGACGCAGAAACUUUCUCGGAGGCACAGUCUCUGAAUCUUUUACGCUGUAUCGCCCCGGUGUAGGUUGCAGAUUUGACUCGUGCACAGCUUUGGCAUGACACGAAAGCAAAAUAAAGGAAUGAGCGCCGUCGGCGUGGAAGAACCAGACGCGGGCCGGUCGGUGUUCAACGGUUCCGCGGAAACGAGCAGUUCUGCUAGCGGGUCUGAUUGCGAUGUGGACGCCGGUGCUCCAAAUUGGAAAAACAAAGUUUCGGAAGGAGGCACGGCUGGACACUCGUCGAAACCGCCCCCGGGAGUGCCGCACCAGAUGGGUGACCUGCAGGGUAUACUCAUAUGACCUGCUCGGGUGUUGCAAGAAUCUCAGUCGGUGUUACACUUGUUCCGCUUUUGGGUGACGCGACCACAACAGCAAUCGCAGUGUCUGCAUUCUAUGCAUCGUUUCUAAACUUGGUGGCCAUCAUAAUGCCACGUAGCAUCAAGAUCGAUUUGGAUAGUGCCACACCAGGUGACUAGAUUUGCAGCUAAUCCCUCACGAAUAGCCGAAAAACUACCUAGACUUUCGAUUGCAACAACUGAGCGGAGCAUAAAUAAUCGACGAAUUUUCGUCCAGUGAGCAGAUGUCCUCCGCGACAGAGGAUGAACAAAUUGCCACUCCAGUAAAAAAGUCCGCGGAUCGCGAAAGCCGUGAGCCCGCAAGCAUGGUGGAACAAGAAAAAGAUGGGACGAACGCAGCUACCAUUUACAAGAGUCCCUGUUCCGCACGAGAUAUCGGGGCUGACUUGAUUAACAGCUCGCCGGUAUCUACCUUGCCAAGAAAUCCAGUCGUGUCGAGCUCCUCUGCACGCCAUCCGGACUCAUCCCGGCCGGGGCACCAGAACACAGCGCGCAACGGGAAAAAACCACGCAAGAAAGCAAGAAAUAAGAAUCGCGCCAGCAGAAACACAAAGGUCGACCACGGAGAAAAAGUUGCAAAACGGCGCUGCGCUUCGGUAGGCUUGCUUCGCUUCAUCAUUGGCCUCUUUCUUCUUUUAAUCGUCUUCGCUCUUGUUACAGUCUGUGUGCUGUAUUACUCCGAAGACGGGGGUAACGUCGAACAGUUGGUCUCGCUCUUCGCUAUCGACUUCCUCAACACCCAACUUUCUUCUCUUUUCUUCUCCAAAACCACGUCGUCGCAUGAAGCGGCCGACGGUGUGGUGCCGGAGUGUAACCAGGGACGAGAUUGCACUUCUGCGCACAAAGAAAGUCGUCCUCGGCGGCAGCUGUCGAGCAGAGAUCCCGGGGAGGCGGACCUGAACCCAAACGGAGCUGAUGGCUCUGGCACUGUGUCAUCAAAAAAACGCGAAGCGGCAAACGCACCCUUCCUGGCGGACGAAGGUGAGCAAGAACCAGGGGCAGGCUAUGACUUUUUGGAAGAGCAACCGGACGACCCGGAGCCUGCCGGCGGAAAAACGAGCAUGACGACCACGACGAACGAUGGAAGUGAAGAAACUGUGGCCCAAGAACCUGCGGGCCGGGAGGUCGACAACGGUAUCAUGAGAAAUAUGAAGCAACCCCGCCCGCAAAGAGAUUCCCUGCGCCGAAUGGAAGACCCCGUGGAUUACGAUGAAGAAGAGCGUGACUCGGAUGAAGAGUUUCUUCAAGAAAUGGACGAUCCAGACGAGGACGAAAAUUUUCUACAACAUCAAGACUUCGAAGAAUUGCACCGCAACACGACGGAGUUUGAGUCUGCCUUUAUCGCAUUGAAUACUGAAGGCCUUUCUCACUAGCUUACACGAGCCUUGCAAUUCUUUUCCUAUUUGACAUACCUCCCUCGCGGCACUCGCCGCUGGGAGAUUCUGGCGUGCUGCAGUAUGCAGCGGAGGCGCAUGGCGCGGUGUGUUUGCAACUUAAGUACCAUCCACGAUGGGCGCAGAGAAAAAAAUCAUACAGAAGGUGACUGCAUGUUGUAUACUGUUCUUCAGUUUUCCGUGCGAUUUCGUUUGCUUCCAGUUUUCUUCUAGCGGGCAUCCAUAGUCGCCCGGCGUCACCAGUCGCUCAUGCGCUGGAUGCCGGUCGAACAGAAGAGCGGAACUCACUGCGAAGCUCUGCUGGCACUUCAAACGACGAGCCUGUUUUGCAGCCCGAUCGUCCAAACAACGGCAUGGCGUUGGCGUUUCCCUCGCCUGCCACGGCAGAUCUGGAGCGCGGGUUUAUCCGGGUGGAAGAAGGACGGGGAGACGUUUCCGGUGCCGUGGACACUCCCGGCAGGCGACCUUUGCCCACACUUGCGACCACGGGUAAUGCGGCCCAUGAUUUUCUGCAACGCAGUGACAGUGCAGCUCCGGGGAAACCGGUAGUACUGCUCGGACGCGAGGAGGGCUUCAGCUUGUCCAGCAAACACGGCAGACUAAGACCUGAGCUCGGACUAAGACCUGGGCGAAUGACCGACGAGCAGCAGUCCCAGGCAGCAGCGGAUCAACAGAUGAUUCAGCUAUCUUCCCUCAAAGCUUGGUAUAGGGAUCAUCAGUAUACCAAGACGACGAACGCGGACCUCGCGUUCGACGACGUACUCGCAACAUUUCGCGUGUACGAGCAAAUCAUGCCUGAGGAUCCCCUCCGUACGUAUUAUUUUGACCAACUCCAGAAAAACGAACAAGUGAACGAAGAAGUACUGCUUGACCUCGUGAGUAACGAAAAAUCAGGUCUUGGAUCACAUUGCCCGCAGCGUGAACUGGCUGUGAUUUCGGGCGAUGCAGAUCGUCCAAAAUGGUCUUCGGAGUUUGCGAAAGAAAAAGAAGUACAGAAAUUUUUUUUAUUUUUGCUUCAAAUGGACCGCAUUAGUCCCAGUCUGCAGAUUUUGCAGGACGCAUAUGCCGACAUGGUCAAGGCCGUACUGCUCUCUGCGUGUGGGAUGUGGUACGGAUGGCACGGAAGCGAUAGAAUAGCGGAUGGAAACGGAAAUCAGAUAGACGAGGACCAGGCAGUUUCCCGGCGCGUCGAAGAAAUGAUGGAGAAUCCCCAAGAGAUAUGAGAUGCAAGUGUCAUACGUGAUAAGCAUUUUACAUGCGUGUGGGUGUGCAAAACCACCUAAGAAUGAUCAAUAGAUACACAUCAAAUCGCUUGAAGGCUGUCGUGAAACACACAUGUGCAAGGGGCAAUACAUAAUUUCCGAAGUCGGUUUGGCUCAGUGUCAGUUUUUGCCACGCUAAUUCACUUUCGUAAACCAAUGAAUCUGACUAUUGCGUAUGAUGAUUUCCAUCUUAUAACUGCAACAUCUGAAAAAGGAACCAAAAACGCACGAGAGCUUAUAUAGGUCUGUUUCGGCUGUACUACAAUUUUAUACUCAAGGAGACGUAUAUUUUGCAUAUGAGAUGCGAAAUAAUCCUUCUCGUUUUCCAAAUAAGUAGCGAGAAUCCGCGUGACUGUGACCCGAGAAUGAGGCAAGCACCACAGGCCUGCUUCUGCCGGCCCAAUGCUGCGAGUACUGCAUGUGGAAUUUGUUGGCGAUGUAAAAACUGCAUGCAACAGAAGCGCGACCGUAUCUUUUGCUCCGGAUGUGUAGCGAGAAGGACCAUUUUUGAUAUGAUACACAGGAGGCGCUGAUCUGGGACGCUUUUUUGAGCUUUCUAGAAGAGCCACCUGGUGCAGGAUUACCUAAGAGUAAGUACGACGUUUUGAGCUUGCUCCUCGAAGACAAAACUGAUCGGAAGUCGAUUCUCAACACCGUUGCCCAAAGACACUUCCGGUGGGCGAUCGGAAUAGACGACGAGGUCAGGAACAACGAGAACCUCCCGCUGGGAUUGCCGCUCUCGCUGAAACCGGCCUCCUUGCUCCUCGCUUAUGGCGGUUCUGUUGCCGAGCAGCCAGUUGAAGCUUGGCGCAAAAUGCUGCAAUCACAACUUCGUGGGGAAUACGUGACGAAGUUGCAAGAAGUAAUGAACCAAGUGUUGUCUAUAGAACCUGAAGGAUAUCUAGAAUAA